AUGGACCUGUGUGUGCCAAAGAUCUCGAUGAUGCCGUCGAGCGGCAUCGUCGGGCUCUUCGUCUGCGGAGGCAUCAUCCUCAUUAGCAUCAAGUUCUGUGCGAUGUGUGCUUGCCUGGCCAGCCAGAAGCUGCCUCAGGCUCUCGUCCUGGCUGUGCUCCUCUCUGCCGACUGGAUUGGCACCCUGCACGUGAUGGACCUGGUCUCCGACUCCUUUAAGGACAGCGUGCUGCUAAACCUUCUCUUCAUCUCAGGUGUGGUGCUGCUCCGGAGCGUUCUUUUGAGGCUUCACCUCCGCUCACGGUGGCAGAGGGCCUUGGCACAGCGCCGGGCGAGGAACAUUGGGGCCGACCUCGGCUCCUCCAUCAACCAGGGGGAGAGUGUGUCGUCGGACAGCGACAACGAACAGGGGCCUGGCAGCCUGCCGGAGACGUUCCACGAGGCUCUGGUGGUUCUCUUGGGAUUCAGCCUGGGCACCCAGGCGCAGAACUCCCGGAGGCAAUUCCUCUGUGGUGUACGGCUGGCCCAGCCGCCACCGGCCCCACCAGCGGCAGCCGCGACUGCACAAACCGCGCCUGGCAUCGUCAUGCCCACGGACGGUGGUCUGGGCGAGGACGGAGGUGUGACCCCGUCGCUCCCGCUGCGCCGAAGGCACCGGGCUCACGCCACUCGAAAUCUCGUACGAUGA